CCACCCUCUCAGGCCCCUGCGCUAGACGAGGGAGAGCGGAACAUAUACAACAAACUGAAAGAGAAGUUCAACCCGUCCGAAUUGGUCGUUCAAGACGUGUCAGGGGGUUGCGGAUCGUUCUAUGCCAUCACUAUUGCAAGUGAUGCUUUCAAGGGGUUACCCAUGGUGAAGCAGCACCGAAUGGUGAAUGACGUGCUAAAGAAAGAGUUCGAGGGCAUCCAUGGCUUGCAAGUG